AUGACGAUCCCCAUCGACGAAGAGCCAGCCUUCAACCUAACAGACGUAGACCGCGCAGUCCUCGCCCAAACAGACGAAGAAUUCAAGUACCACGACUGGGCCGACCUAAAAGAUGUCAUUGCACGAGGCGAUCUCGGCAUCCUCAAGCGGAAGCCCUCCGACCUAAUCCGAUACCUGGCCUGGACAAAAGAGACCAAGGCCGCGUAUGGCACGAUCACCAACUACAUCUGCCAGCGGCGGCUGGGGUGGCCAUUGCCGACGGAAACGCCGGGCCCCAGCUUCAGCAACCCGAUCCCCUUUGCCGACCCCGCAGACUACAAGAUUCUCCGCAACGACUGGCCCUACGGCUUAGUCAAGGGGAUUGCGCAUCUGGUCGUGUGGUCGCGGACUCCGAUCCCCGUGCAGGAUGCGGACGGGGUCAUUACGGCGGAGAGCCAUGCGCUGAUUGAGGAUUUUGUGCAGCGGACGUUUGUAGACAGGCUUGCGAGGGAGGAUGGGGUGAAGGAUCCGCACGAUCAUGUUUUGUGGUUCAAGAAUUACACCGCCCUUCAGAGCGUUAGGGGGUUGGAGCAUGUUCAUAUCCUGCUUAGAGAUGUUCCUGAUCGGUUUGUGCAGGAGUGGACGGGGGAGUAG